GGGAUAAAAAGCCACAAAACCCCUUUGGUAAUGUUGGUCACAAUGCGUUCAAAAGUCACAAACAAAAGGUCAAAAAAGGAAAGCACACAAGAAGACUUCUUGCGCCAUGGCACAACACGACAAUUUGGUUUCACAAUCAAUUUUUUAAAAUGUUUGAUGAGAGAGAAAGCAACUAGUCUCUAUAGCUUGCCAGCUCUAGCAUCAUAGCCUUUUCUAUCAAAACAAGGAGUUGAACACAAGCCAAACACCAUCGCAGACAGCACCAUGCGGUUCCUUCCAACAAGGACCAACAAAACCAACAGGAGGAGAGGAGAUGAAAAUGACACCGAUGGCACUGUCCCACCAACUGGCAAAAGGAGAUAUUGGUGCUUUGUCUGUGGCAUUUUCCUCUUAUCCAUUGUUACCUUUUGGUGCAACUCGAACGAGGUUCGAAGGGGUGUCAGCAGUCUCAGUAGUUUCAUUUACUCGGCAAAUGACCCACACCAGAAAGGACCAUUGGACGUCAAGGAUGACAUGAUUGGCAAUCUCCAAAAGCAGAUUGAUGAUUUGCAGAAAAAACAUCAACAGCUUCAGCAAGCCAUGGCACUGCGGAAUGGUACUGCUCUCCAAAACCAGGCAACGACUGCGACGACAACCAAUGAGGGAGCAACCAAAAUUCAGUCAUCUGUGGAUGCCUCGGUCCCUCAGGAAAGCUCCAACAGUAACGACAACCACUGGAGAGAUACAAGUGUGCUGGAGCUUCUGCCAUGGGAACACAAAUCGUACGAAGGCUUAGCCCAACCAGGAGUAACGGACCACAUUGCUCAUCAAAGCUGUCAGCCACCAAAGGGAAUCCCCCGCACAUGUUGCCUUGGAUCGUUCUCCUCGGGAGGUGCCAUUCAUGAUAGGGAUACUUUCAUUUGUGGCUUAGGCAUGCAAGACUUUCCACAGCUCCGACAACACACUCUCCAGUGGUUUGAAGACAAUGAUGCUACCAUCUCAGAUACAAAAUGCGACAUUUGCAAGAUUGUGGAGAUUGUUCGGAAACAUAACAUUCUCAUUUCAUUCCUUGGUGACUCCAUGCAUCACCAGGUGUUUGAUGGGCUGUCAUGUGAGCUCCAUCGCAGAGGAUACCAAGUGAAAGUUGAGGAAACCAUAUUUAAAGUCCAACACAUGUAUCAUCAAGUCCAGUCCAACAAGACAAUUCACAUUCGAUCCCCUGAAUGGGCCGAGGAUGAAAGGGACGCCAUUUUGAGGUUUCAUCAAUUGUACAGGGUCCCACCUAGAGAUGAUGGUGUAGCCAAUAUUACGGCAGAGGCUGAUGUUCUGGUGUUAGGUUUUGGUCUCCACUGGCAUUAUCAUGACAGGGGGGAGUAUGUCACUGACAUGUCAGAUCUUUUCAGUCGCAUCAGACAGCAAGGCCACAUCCAACUACUGGUGCAUCGAGAAUCCUCAGCACAACACUUUGAUGCUGGUGGUGGAGAGUAUAGCUUGUGGAAGGGACGCCCAGAUGGAAAGAACUUGUCACACUGCCAGCCCUUUUCCUUCAGUGACAGCUCUGCAGGAUGGAGGGAACUUGCAAUCCGGAAGGCUGCCAACAAAUCUGGCCAUAGUUUUGUGAUGGCUGGCCCACACAUGCCUUCAUUAUCCAGUGUACAGCCUGAACUUGUGACUCUUCCAUAUUUCAAUUUCACAGCCCCCCAUCCAACAAUGCACCCUCAUAGUGGAGCAGCAGAAUGUACACACUACUGCUCAUCACCGUUCAUCUAUUACCCAUUGUGGAGGUCCCUCCGAUUUGCUUUGGAUAGACAGUUUGGAUGAAGCAAAAUGGUGAGUUGGCGUGCCACCAAACCAACACCAAUCCAACACCCAGGGAACCGACUGCACUUGUUGUGCACGGAGAACUGUCCCAUUCAGGCAGAGGCCAAAGUACGUGUGAUACAGCCCAGAGAUGCAACUACGGAGCUUGGACUAACCGCGCAUGGAAUCAGACUCAUAUGGAACCAGAGUAAAGCCCUCAGUUACCAGUUUGAGUGGUCACCUGCCAUGGGGAAAUUGCGGGACAAUCCAAUCCAUGCAAUUCAUGCUUUCCAACUCUCACCGGACAGAAUUUUGAACUUUGACUGCCGUGGUUCUGGACAAUUGGAUCCGAUAACUAGCAAGAACCGCUGGUAGUUUAGCUAGCUAGCUUUGCAAAACACGCAUAAAAUCUUUGUAUCAUAGAUACAGGAGGAUCCCGAGUCCAACCAUGGCAGGCUACCGGUACGGCCAGAAUCGAAUCAUGAAUUCAAGCGAGCGCAAUAUCCAGUGGCCAGGGGAAGACUUGUCACGCUGCAUCGAAUGAAUACUGCAGUCUUCCCUCAUAAAUAAGUUAAUUGCAUUGCUACCUUCAAAACUGCCCCUAU